AAAAAAAAAUUAAUGAGUGAUUGACAAAAAGUGGUUUGUUCUGUUUCAUCGGUUAGCUGUGAGGACUAUCUCUAUUCUCUCUCUCCCUCUCUCUCUCUCUCUCUCUCUGUCUUUUGUUUUGUUUGUAACAACUGUUCAAGUUUGGUGACCUUAUUUCAUCUCAUACAUUAUUGAAAAGCUUUGCUCCUCUUUGGUUGGAGUUGUCUAUGCUUGGCAUAAAUUAUUGGCAAUAUUUCCUUGUCCCAUAAGAAAAUAAACUAAAAUAGAAUUUCUUUUCUCAUAGUAUUUUUAUAAGAGCUAUAUAAUUAACGAACUUAGAUAUUUUUUUUAAAGAAACAGAAGACCUAAUGGCUCAGACGCUGAAGCAGCUUCCGUGGGAACUGGAGGAAAAUAUACUCUCUCGUCUUCCACCUCCAUCUCUCGUUCGACUCAGAACUGUAUGUCAAAGAUGGAACGCUCUUUUCAACGACAAGAGUUUCGUCAACGACCACUUCUCUCGCUCUCGUCCCGGAUUCCUCUUCCUCGGCAGUCCCAAAACUAUUCCAUGUCUCUGGAAUCCGUGGUUGAGCCAGUUUAAAGUGAUCAAGAAGGACGGUGCACAGUUUAAUUGUUGCGGCUUAGGAUACGAGAUUAUUGAUAGAACCAAUAAAGUUUACAAGAUUUUGGGUUACUUUGAUCCUGACCCUGAGGAAGAGUACACGAGAGUUGCUGUCUACGAGUGUGCGUCUCACGUGUUUAAACAUAUAGACUUGCCUGAAAAUAAGUGGUUCAUGUCUGAAGGUGUACGAGAUACUGUGUCCUUGAAGGGAAAUCUCUACUGGUUUUCUCUUUAUGCCGAGACUGAUGAGUACUUCAUCCGAAGCUUUGAUUUCUCUGUUGCUACUUUCAAACCUUUUUGUCUCCUUCCGUGUCAGAAGGACGACGAUAAUCGUGAUGAACUUCUUCUCCAGGUUUUUAAGGAAGAUCGUUUUUCGUUGUUAAAGCAAAAUUACUUAACAAGGAAGAUUGAGAUUUGGGUAACGAAUACGAUAUAUAAAGAGGAAGUGGUGUGGACAAAAAUGAUGAAUUUGCCAACAACUAACUUUCCGAGGCUGUUUGAACAGUUUUAUGGCAAGAGUUACUUCAUCUAUGAUAAGACUCUGUUUGUAUGUUGUUGCGAAAAUUCUACUUCUGUGCCUUGCAUCUACAUUGUCAGGGAAGAUCUGUGUAAGCAGAUUCAUAUAGAUUCUGGGAUUUUCCAGUGUUGUCACUGUGUUUACACUCCCAGUUUGUUCCCGGUUCCUUAAUUUAAAGAUACCAUAGAGUGGUUUUAGGAACCAAUGGAUUUGUUGGAAUUUCAAGUUGUUUUGAGUUGAUAAAUAGUUGAAUAGAAUAUAGCUUAAUUUAUACAGUUGAAUAUAGACUAAAACUAACUACAUAGAUUAAGCUAUAUUUGAAUAUGUAUCUUCUCCACAAGGCUAACGUGGAGAAGGAAAGGGUAACACUCGUUUCAUUCUCUCUCUCUUGAAAACAUAAGAGCAUCAUUAACCAAAGCAUGCGUGCUUAAUCAGUUUUUUAUUUUUAAGGGUUCAACUGGAAUGUAUUUUUUUGGAAUAGAAACUUCCUGAAUGCUUAAUUCUUUUUUAUUCUAUAAAAUAUUUACCAGUUGCAAUGAAAAAAAGGAAUGACUAUUCCAUUUCAUUCUAUACUAUUUCUUUCCAUUCCAAAAAAAAUAUCAACAUUUUUUUGAAAAACUAUUUCACGUAAAGAUAGUUCUGGAACAAAUAGAAUACUAACUCCAUUCCAUUGAAUUCCACUAAUUAUUAUUUAUGUAAUUCCACUUCUUCCUUUUAUUAACAUCCAGUUACGGCCUAAGUAGGAUUUAACCAUUUCAUUAAGAAACUUGUAUAUUUUGAUCUUCCAAUGCAAGGUGCUUAUUAUGGGAUGCUUAAAAAAAUAAAAUAUCAAACAUUGUUUUUUUUUUUUGAUAAAAUUUAUUUAUUACAUAAAAUAUAUUAAAAGAUAACAUUUUAAACGUAGAUUAACUCUAAGCGCCAUGACCCAUUUGAUAGAGAGGAUGGGUGAUGAUAAAUCUCAGAUUCAAAAAAAAAAGGAUAAGCUGGACCAAGAGAACAUAAAUUCUUGAGGCUGAAAUGCAAAAAU